AUGGCAACCAGGCAACACGGGCCGCUUCCGGUCAGCGCGAGAGUGAAGGUGGAGAACACUGCACGCGACCACAGUGAGAGAAAGCGGGGGGAGAGGGAUGUCCUGCACAAGACACUAGUGAAGAAAGCAGCUCCCAGCAUCACUGUGCCUCAGCUGCUGUCAGACAUGGCCUCUCCGCUCAGGCAGUAUUCUCGAGCGGGGGACAUCGCAAAUGUGAUGCAGAAACUGCAGGCAUCAGGAAACGUAAUCACACGUCACAGCAGCGUUUUCAUGAAUGGGCCGACAAAGGGCUUGAACCGGACACCGCUGCUGCCUUUGCGACUCCUGCAGAUCAAUAGUGAGAGUUUGUGUGUUGGGGUCCAGGCCCCGUGUGUUGCAAGGGUUUAG